GAAUGUAGAUUACGACGGAGUAUAGAAAUAACUGUGGCUGAGUGUGGCUGCCGGCUGCUAUUAUCAAAAUAUCAAGUCGUGCACUCGUGUUAUUGUUCURUGGUUAUAGUGGAUGUAAUUUCAAAUUUUCAAUAUAAUAAUUAAUACUAUUUAAGUGGGGUCUAGGGUGAAAGUAGAAACGUUCAAAUUUCGUAGCGGCAGUGAUAUUGAUUAUUGGGCGUGCGAUUCUCGCGUAUAUAAAUAGGAACUUAUUAUAUUUUGCUUAUUUCUUUCAUUGCUCGYGUGUGUCGGAAGUGCGUCGCUGAAAAUCGAAAUAAUACUAUGUCUAAGUAUACGCCAGUGACUCAUGUCAUAUUCGACAUGGAUGGUUUGCUUUUAGACACGGAAAAGGUGUACUUAUCCAGCAUUACCGAAGUAUUGAAAAAUCACGGUAAGGACUACUCCAAUGAGUUGCGAGUACGUGUUAUGGGAACGAUACCAAUCAACACAGCUACAAUCAUCAUAAAAGAACUGGAAAUGGACAUAGAUCCAGUCGAUCUUCUUGCCGAAUUCUAUGAAAAUCAGAUUGCCAAAAUGGAAAACGUUCCAUUUUUGCCAGGAGCUGAACGGUUAAUCAAUCACCUACAUACCAACAAUGUGCCAAUAGCAGUGGCUACAAGUAGUGGUAAAGAUACUUUUAAAGUGAAAACAGCAAACUAUCAACACAUCUUUUCAAAAUUCCAUCACAUUGUACUUGGUAGUGCAGAUUCAGAAGUAAAACAGGGAAAACCAGCUCCAGACAUAUUCCUGGUUUGUGCAUCACGGUUUGAUGAUAAACCUCCACCACAAAAAUGUUUGGUAUUUGAGGAUGCCCCAAAUGGAGUUACAGGUGCAAAGGCUGCUGGCAUGCAGGUCGUUAUGGUUCCAGAUAAAAUAAUUCCUAAGGAGAAGACUUCUCAUGCUACUCAAGUGAUAUCUUCAUUGUUGGAUUUYAAACCUGAAGAUUUUGGGCUACCUCCGUUUCCCUGACUGCCAAAUUUUAACUAUCCAUAAAACUGUUUAAAUAUAUAAUUAUUUUUUAGUAAACAAGAUAGAAAUAUGAAUAUUUAUAUUUAUAUGUAUUAUUUAAAAUUGAUUUACACGAGAUUUAUUUUGCUGACUUAUGUUUUUAGUGUUUUGUAUAAAUCAGCUGUUUGUUAACAAUCUAGUCUUAUCUCUGUAGACUGUAACUGAUUAAUAAAUAAAUUGAUAAUUUAAUAUUU